AUGGCUCGCUAUACGAUCAAUAGGAACAGCAACUCAGUUAGUGCUUUUAAUCCUGUGGUGUCUUCACGAAAUUCACGAUGGAAACCUUCCUCGCCUUUCGACGAAUUAACGGGAAGACACUCCUCGUGCACACAGCCAAGUGGUCCUCCUCUUCUUAAACUGGAAAGGUUCGUAGAAGACUUCUUCAAUAAAGAGCCUGAACUCAAUUCCCGGAAAUCAUCGCCGGCUAAAUCUGGUAAUCCUCGCGAGGGAUUAGCUGUUCCUUCAAGAGCAAACAAAAGGACAAUAUUUUCAGAAUUUCAAUGUGAAACUCUUGAAAAUAAUUUCAAGUUCAAACAACAUUUAUCGCCAUCUUCUGGGACGUGGCUCGCCAAGCUUUUAGGCUUGAGAAAACAGCAAGUGGUUACCUGGUUCCAAAAUAAACGAGCGCGAGAACGGAAACGAGCAGGGCUUAAACUCCCGCGACACGGAAAGAAGUGCAUAUUUAGUACAAACGUCGAA